AUGAUUGUUCUACCGGAAACCCGAAGUAUAACAUUUGCCGUGAAAUUCUCCGUCGAACGUUUUGUUGUUAUCCUAUGUCUACUGGUAAUUAGUCUUGUUUUGUAUAUUUCACUCCUACUUCUGAAUAAUAAUCGUUCUCAAUUCUUCAAACAUGCAAUAUCAAAAAAUAAAGCCAUUUGGUGGUCAUUGAAUAAAAAGUUUAUAAUUAAAUUUCAAGAUUUUGAUAAAGAAUUUGUCCAACAACAACAACAAUCACUUGAAAGUGCAAAUAUUGUUGAGCGUUUUCUAUACAACAAUCCACCGAAUACAAAGAAUCCAAUAUGUUCACGCACAAAUCGAGCACAAGGCAUAAAUUUAUUAAUGAUUUUGGUUUUAUCACGUGCACUCAAUUUUGAUUAUCGAAUGGCUAUUCGUUCAACAUGGGGUAGAAAUAUUCAACGUAAUGGAUUACAAAUUCAAACAGUAUUUUUUGUUGGAACAGAUGAUUCAAGCCAAUAUGCCAUUCGAAAUGAACAAGUGAUGUUCAAUGAUGUAGUAGAAGUAGGUAUUCCAGAAAAUUAUCCAUUUGUCUCUCAUAAAGAAUUGGCUACACUUCAAUGGACACGUUUAUUUUGUCCAUGGACAGAGUUUAUAUUUCGUGCUGAUGAUGAUAUUUUAUUGGACACAUUUCUACUAACCAAGUAUAUAAAACAUCAUCUUUAUAACAUCAGCGAAGAGAAUGACGGUAUUUAUGGAUGGUUUCGUUUUAAUAACUCUGUACAUCGUAUGGAUAAAUGGGCUGUAACCAGGCAAGAAUAUCCAUCGAAAAUUUAUCCACCAUACACAUUUGGCAUUGGAUAUUUGAUGACAAAUAAAACAUGUUUAGAACUGGUUAAUGCUGCUAAAGCUCCACAUCAUGCAGUAAUACGAAUUGGCGAUGUUUAUAUUACGGGUAUUCUACGUGAAUUAGCUAAUGUUAAAUAUUUCGAUUUUAUUGGCUUAGAUUAUUCUUAUACGUUCUAUGACGUAUUGCCAUGUGAUGACCUUUUUAUGGAUAAUCCAAAAUUAUUAAUAUGUAUGUCAAAAUUGCAUGUAGGUAUUAAAGGAGAUCCAGAUGAAUUUUUUGAUGUAUGGGAUGUUAUUUUGACAAGACAAAGCGAAAGAAACAAAAUAACAUCGAAGCAUUAG